AUGAAUGUAAUAAUAAAAGAAUGUAAUUAUAAUGAUAUAUUAGAGUUAAGAAGGAAUGUUAUGUAUCCAGAAAAAGAUUUGGAUUAUGUAAAAGUUGAAAAUGAUCAAGAUCAAAAUGGUAAUACAAUCCAUUUAGGGCUAUAUGAAAAUGAUAGUGAUAUAAAACCAAUAUCAAUCGUUUCAUUAUUUUUAAAUAAAGAAAAAAAUGAAAUUCAAUUUAGAAAGUUUGCAACUAAAGUUGAAUAUCAAAAUAAAGGUUAUGGAACGAAAUUACUUUCAUAUGUUAUAAAUUAUGCUAAAAUUAAUUCAAUCAAAAGAAUUUGGUGUAAUGCUAGAAUUGAAAAAUCAGAAUUUUAUAUUAAAAAAUUUAAUUUUAAUCUUACAAAUCAAAAAUAUACUAAAGAUGGUAGAGAAUUUAUAAUUUUAGAAAGAUUUCUUUGA